AACACCACAACAAAUAUUGAUUUAUUUUUUUCUGCUCAGUUGUUUAGUACAUUUGGAGUUUUUUUUUUUUUUUGUAGACUUGAGCUGUGAUUCUUGCUUUUAAAGUUGUAGAUAGUCAUAAAAGUCAAAGGGAUUUAUUUUCAUGUUACAUUUGAUGGUAAGAAAUUGGCCUAAAGUAAUUAAGGGGAUUUAUUUUUGUAAGUGUAUUUUGUUUAGUUUUGUAUUUGGUAAUGUGAACAUGGAAGCAAAAGGGAUUGGGAAAGCUGAAGUAUUUUGACUUCAUUUUGUUUUCGGUUCAUGUUCGGGCUGCCGUAUCCACCUGAACUUCUUUUAACCCUUUUAAAUUUACUUGCCGCCCUCGAACAGACCCCUUCCCCUCCCAUCUUUCCCGUAUCUCGUGCUGUUGCCAUGGUCACCCCAUCUCUUCAGCAUCUGAGAGCUUUCAUUGUCAAGCAGGAAUUAAGAGAGAUUUGCUCUGAGACAACAUCAGGAAACAAUUACUUGCCAUGUUAAAACCCCCGCUCUUGUUUUUUAUGAAUCCUAAAAAGAACCCCUCCCUUCCCGGCCGCCCCCCUUAUGCCGGGUUUUAAUGGCAUCAAAUGAGAUGCGGUAAUGGGUACGCAAUUAAGGAGCCCCGCAGAGCUUUGAUGUAGGACCUGAUGAGCAAAGCUGUUCUUGUGCAUGGAGCAGAUUUCCACUGGGAUGCUGUGUUCUCAAUAAAAAAAUUUUGAAAUAUCACCUCUUGUGUAAUUUGUGUUGGUUUGUGUUCAACGGUUAUCUCUUAAUAUACUUGCUCUGACUCAGGGGAUGUCAGUAGUUUUUAUUUUCAAAGGCUCUUUUGUGCGAGCUGAAGGCCAAAGGGAGGGGGAAGGAUGUAGAAAGUAAUUGCUUGGUGGAAAAAAAAAAGAAAAACGAAGAAACAGGCUUCCUCUGAAAUAGUUUGUCAUUAUGAUUUAUAUGACAUCUGAGAAGUAUCUGUUUUUAUGCAGUGACUUUUGCUUUUCUAAUAGCCUUAAAUAAUAAUAAUAAUAAUAAAAACUUUAAGUAAUUAUUUUAAAUAGCUUAAGAAUUAACCGUAACUUACUGAUUCCUAUUUUGUCAAAGUUCUCGUUAUCGGAGGAAAGGGUAUUUGGAUGAGGAUGAUUUGACAGUUUGUUUGACUUGACUCUUUACCGCUCCUAGUGGUGAGAGGCGAGCAGUGCAGCAGCUGCUUUCUGCUGUUCACCUACUGGAGGGAGAGACAACAUUCACCCCGCAGCUGCUGUGCAACAGGAUGCAGAGACAGAGCGCGGCCAGGCACCCAGCAGGACUACGGGUUCAAUAAAAGUGAUGAAGUGCUUCGUCCAAUCCUGUUAAGACAUGGUGCUACCUGAUGAGAAAUCAAGACCAUCUGCUCCCAGCAACAUCCCAGAGCGGCGCAGCCUGCGGCACCAGAACCUGCCCUCCCCGGCUCUGUGCUGCGCCUGCGGCCUGUGCAUCAUGCUGGCCGGCAUCAACAUCACCCUGGUCGGAGCUUUCGCCUUCGGCACCUUCAGCCUGGCGGCCAACCCUCCCAUCAUCAUCGGGCCCCUCCUCUUGCUGCUGGCUCUGGCUUUCUUCACGGCCUGCUGCGUGGUCAGCAGGAGACCCCCGUCCCACAUGGCUCGGAAGACCCAGGGAGGGGAGAAGUGGGGGCUGAUGCGGAUGGGGACGGUCGCCUUCGAGAUGGAGAUGAGCGAGCACACCCUGCAGGACACGACGGCCAUCCAGCUCAGCCCCACAAACUCCCUCAGCUCCUCUCACAAGUCCACGUCGAACCAGGGGGACGGCUCGGCUCUGGCCUCCUGUCAGAGUGAGACCAAAGAGCCGCAGGGCUCUGAGAAGAGUGACACGGGUGCUGACGGGGAUAAAACGAGUCUGACCUCUGAAAACAAGGAGAGCACUUCCACACAACUGCUGCCUGACCAGAAGACAUCCUCCUCCACAUAGCAUGGACCGGCUGUGCUUGACUGGACGACUGUUUAUCCCACCGCAGGACGGGUGCAUCUGAUGGACCUCAAACGUCUUUUCAACACAAGGAAAAACUGUAAAAAGAGAUCAGAUAUGCUCCAACUGAGACCUUCCACUAUGUUUGAGCUCUUACUUCAAAAUGUAGACCAAUUCUGGUCCUGGAAACAAUUUUUUCUGCUUCCUUUGUAACAGUUUUGAAUAUGAAGGGGUUGCAGGAUUUCUGCAUCGAUGCAUUUGUUCCUAACCUUUCUCAGAUUUAUUGACUAAAAAUAGUGGGAGUCAUUAAUUGUGAUGCUUUUAUUGAAUCUGUGAAAAACAUUUUUUUUUAAGCCAUUAGCUUUCUGUUCACCAGUAAGAGCAAAUCAACAUAAAACUGCCUAAUUUUACAACUGCCUAAUCUGUGGUAUAUUUUUUUCUUGUUUUUCUAAAAUGCUGCUGUAUGUUUUUUUAUUUUAUUUAUUUUUUUAAUCUUUUCUGGUUGUGUCGUUGUGUGUUUCUCUUCAAGGCCACCGUGCUGCACGCUACAACAUGUCGUGCAGCUCCUGUAAUUACUCAAUUGCGUUAUAGGAUAUUGUUACAUGUUUAUUGCUGUUCUCCGAGAUAGACGCUGUCCUUCCUCCAACAGAAAGAGAAAUUUGCUCAUUUUUCUUCUUUUUCGUGAAAAAAAAAAAAAA